AUAUUGUCAAUGCUGACAAGAUGUCGGGGAGGAGCAGGAAGUACAAGAUUAUCUUCAGCCCCCAAAAGUUUUAUGCUUGCGAGAUGGUGCUAGAGGAAGAGGGAGUCUUUGGUGAUGUCACCUGCGAUGAAUGGUCCUUCUAUCUGCUCCCCCUGGACGAAGACAUCAUCAGCAUGGAGCUGCCCGAGUUCUUUCGCGACUACUUCUUGGAGGGAGAUCACCGCUGGAUCAACUCUGUCGCUCGAGCCCUGCAGUUACUGAACUCCCUGUAUGGGCCUUUCGGCAAGGCCUACGGGAUCGGCAGGUGUGCUAAGAUGAGCUAUGAGCUGUGGCGGGACCUGGAGGAAGAGAGCGAGGGCGAUGGCCAGGGCAGGAAGCCCGAGAUUGGCAAUGUCUUCCUCAUGGACAGAGACACGGACUAUGUGACAGCGCUGUGCUCCCAGGUGGUGUACGAGGGGCUGGUGGACGACACCUUCCGCAUCAAGUGCGGGAGCGUGGAUUUUGGGCCAGACGUCACCUCUUCUGACAAGGGUAUUAAGGUGCUGCUCAAUGCCCAGGACAAAGUCUUCAGCCAGAUUCGGAACGAGCACUUCUCCAGCGUGUUUGGCUUCCUGAGCCAGAAGUCACGUAACCUGCAGGCACAGUACGAUCGGCGCCGUGGCAUGGACAUCAAGCAGAUGAAGAACUUUGUCUCCCAGGAACUGAAGGGACUAAAGCAAGAGCAUCGCCUGCUAAGCCUGCAUAUUGGUGCCUGCGAGUCCAUCAUGAAAAAGAAAACCAAGCAGGACUUCCAGGAGAUGAUCAAGACUGAACACGCUCUGCUGGAGGGCUUCGACAUCCGUGAGAGCACGAGCUUCAUAGAGGAGCAUAUUGACCGUCAGGUGUCCCCCAUUGAGAGCCUGCGCCUGAUGUGUCUCCUGUCCAUCACGGAGAACGGUCUCAUCCCCAAAGACUACCGCUCCCUGAAAACCCAGUACCUGCAGAGCUACGGGCCUGAGCACUUGCUGACCUUCCACAACCUCAAGCGCAUCGGGCUGCUGACCGAGCAGUCAGCUGGAGAGACCCUGACUGCUGUGGAGAGCAAAGUCAGCAAGCUGGUGACGGAUCGUGCUGCAGGAAAGAUCACAGAUGCAUUUAAUUCUUUGGCCAGGAAGAGCAAUUUUCGAGCCAUAAGCAAGAAGCUGGGGUUGAUCCCCCGGGUGGACGGAGAGUAUGACCUGAAAAUGCCUCGGGACAUGGCUUACGUUUUCAGCGGGGCCUAUGUCCCGCUGAGCUGCAAGAUCAUCGAGCAGGUGCUGGAGCGCCGGGGCUGGCUGGGCCUGGAGGAGGUCGUGCGGCUGCUCAAUGGCAACGAGUUUUCCGUCUCAGACAGUGCCGUAGAGGACAACCCCGCCUGGGAGUCCCAGCGCGUCAUCCUCGCUGUCUUUCUGGGGGGCUGCACCUUCUCUGAAAUCGCUGCUCUUCGGUUUCUGGGGAAGGAGAGA